AUGAUGGGGUACCGUUUGCUGCUGGUGGCCAGUUGCCUGAUUGGAGGUAUCUUGGCAUUGCCGGUGGAUCCCAAACAGUCGGAGCUGAAAGACUUUACCUUCGAUGAAAUCAUUCCGAACCAGUUUGGUUUGAGGGGAUUCAACGGAACCUGGCUAUCCGGGAGCGAGCUACUCUACCGCGAACCAUCGACCGGGAACUAUGUGAAGCUGAACGUCGACAAUGGGGAGAGUUCCGUGCUGCUCUCCAGUGAUGCAUUGAGUGGAUUUAGAGGAGCCUCGGUGCAGAUGAUCAGGCCGGACUUCACGAAAGUACUCGUCCGAUACGAUGUCCGAACGGUCUUUAGACAUUCCUCGCUUUCGAAGUAUGCCAUUUACGAUACAUUGACGAGUGAGACCUACCAUGUCGCUAAUCAGGAAGAGGUAUCAAUCUGCAUUCUUGCACCCACCGGCCAGAGCUUGGCCUACGUGAAAGACAACAACGUCUACUACCGAGCUAGUCUGUUGGAUGCGACGGAGCUGUCCCUCACCGAGGACGGCGUUCCGGGCAUCAUCUACAAUGGCAUCCCGGAUUGGGUGUACGAGGAGGAAGUGUUCGGUACCGAUGCGACUCUCUGGUUCUCGCCGGACGGCCAACGGCUAGCGAUGGCGAGCUUCGACGAUCGGGAGGUGAAAGAGUUUUCCUAUCACGUCUACGGCAGCCCGGACGAUCCGGACAACCAGUACCCGGAGGAACUGCGCAUCCGCUACCCGAAGGUGAACACCACCAACCCGAUCGUGCAUCUGCGCGUGAAGAACCUAGCCGCCGAUACAAACACCCCGUGGGUUGAGCUACCUGCCCCGGUAGCGAUCGUCAGUGAGGAUCACGUCCUUGGCACGGUGAACUGGGUCAGCUCGAGUGUGGUCGGUGCCAUCUGGACCAAUCGGCGGCAAAACAUUGCCACGUUCCAGAAGUGUCAGGCGGACGAUGGCGCGUGCAACGAAGAGAUCCGCUUCGAUAGACCUCACGGAUGGUACGAUCUGUACACGCCGGUGUGCUAUGGAACCGGUGAAAGCGCCCGGUGCUUCCUGAUGGGAGAGAACAAUGGAUGGCGCUCGAUUCUGGAGCUGGGCGGAACGGCAGGGGUGCAAACACGCACCCCGGAACGUUUUACCGUGUCCUCGAUCAAUGGAUACGAUCAGCAGACGGGAGAUAUCUUCUACACGGCGGUUCCAGCCAGUGCACCGCACCAUCGUCAUGUUUACCGGAACGAGGAGUGCCUGACCUGUGAUCUGCGCGAUGUGGACUCGAUUGCGUGUAACUUUGCUAGCGUGUCGUUCAGCUCGGAUUUGUCCUAUAUGGCUGCAACCUGCUCAGGACCGACACCAUCUUACACGCAGAUCUUCCGCACCAGCGAUCGACAGCUAGUGCUUGACUGGGAAGCGAACCGGGAGCGACGCGAGCAGCUCAAGCAGUACAAAAAGGUUCAGGUGCGAUUCCUGCGCGUGCCAGUUGGAGACGGUUCGUUUAUGGCCUCCGUACGUCUAUACCUUCCGCCAGAGAUCGACUUCGAGGGUGCAACCACUACCGAGAAGUACCCGAUGGUGGUGUACGUGUACGCGGGUCCAAACUCGGUAGGCGUCACUGCCAGCUUUAGUAUCGGGUUCGGAAGCUAUAUGGCCACCACCAAGCGAACCAUCUACGCUCAAAUCGAUGGUCGCGGCACGGGCAACCAAGGUUACGAGUUCCUGUUCCUCAUCAACAACCGACUUGGCACGUACGAAAUGGAAGACCAGAUUGCGGUAGCCCAGUAUCUUCAGCAGACGUACAGCUUCAUCGAUCCAGCUCGGACCGGUAUCUGGGGCUCAAGCUACGGCGGUUAUGCGACCGCAAUGACACUCGAAAAGGAUCACGAACAAGUGUACCGUUGCGGUAUCUCGGUCGCUCCGGUUACCUCUUGGAUGUUCUAUGAUUCCAUCUACACCGAGCGCUACAUGGGCCGGCCGACGGACAAUGCGAUCGGAUACAAUCAGAGCGACAUCAGCAGCUUCACCGAGGAGCUGAAGAAUCAUCUUUUCCUGCUGAUUCACGGCACCGCCGACGAUAACGUGCACUAUCAGCAGUCGAUGGUGUUCGUGAGGGCCCUACUGGACCAUGACGUAGACUUCGAGCAGAUGACGUACCCGGACGAGGCACACUCUCUGUCGGGCGUACAGCGCCAUCUUUAUCACACGAUGGAUCAAUUCUGGGAUCGUUGCUUCGCGUAAUGGCUUACCGAUGUGGUAUCCGCAUCCUGGUAGAACCAAUGAGUGACUCGUUUCAUAGCAACGAUAUGAAACAAUUGUGUAUUAAAUACCCAGGUUUUGGGUAACUUUCUAU